GAAAAAGAGAAUUAGUGUGUUGCGUGUUUUGUAAUCGGCCGGCGUGUUGCGAUAUAGAGCCACGCAUCGAUCGCACGCCGAGUCUCCUGCUCCUUCUAGCAACCACACUGCCGCUCUUUUAUAACGCGUUUGUUCGACCAUGUCCGGAGAGAACAGAAAGAGCGAUUUUUGUGCAUCGUUAGCAGUUACUUUUUUACGCCCCAUUUUCUUUUUAUGUAACUGCAACCGAAUAGUUACUGGAGAAAAGUCUACUACUCGGUUUCCCGCACAUAAACCGUUAGAAUUUGUAAACAGUCGAUCUCCGAACGACACGAGUAUCAUGCAGGGGUUGAAAACAGUUACGAUGUCGGUUCCGAUACUUGAAACAGUUACGGAGAACCAACAUGGAGUCAUAACUGUUACUAAAUAUAUUCGUUCUGAACUAUAUCAGUUACAACUUUUCUCGGUUUCUUCAGAUAUUCUUGAUACUAUUUAAGUGAUACUAUUUAUUUUCAAAAAUAUUACAAAUAUUUUUUACUUUUAACACGUUGAAUGCCGCACGAUUUCAUAGUGCAAAAUCUACAAAAUGGAGGAAAUAUAAUAUUAAAUCAUCUGAUUGAAUUGCAUUGUUAUUACUUCACGUUCAUCUAACUGAAUAUCACCGCAUUAGGUAGCAUUAUUUAUAAUAUAGAAAUCUUUUCAAAUAAUCAUAGUAUAACUGAGUGAACUAUAGUAAUUUGAUUUGGGCAGGGGUCACCGGUGACCCCCGUGGCAUUUAACAUGUUAAACUAUCAUACUUAUACUUUGUUUGGUACAGUAGUUCUGGUAUUAACCGAUUCGUCUAACGAGCAAACAGUUAUUUCCGCUACCUGUUCAAUGCCUGGUAUCACAACUCCGUUUCGUUUUGCGCAGAGCGGAUUUCGGAGAGUACCGGCAUGCGGACCGAUGUGGGACAGAGUGGCGGCGUUGCUCCAGUGAGCGAUUGUGUUAUCGACGUGUCAUCAUCGCGUUGUGAAUCCGAUGCCAGGAAUGCGCGCGUAUCUAUGAGACACGUAAACCGUAACUAUGAGAUCGAGGAAGUUCUUCAUCUUCAACAAGAAGCUCCUCUGAACGAUGCCGCGAUGUGAGCACCAUUAGUGCUGCUCCCAGAAAGACUUACCUAUCAGUGGUCGCAAAGGCCAAAGGGUUCCCCGCGGCUAGUUAAAAGCUCGAGCAAUCAGAUCCAAGCGUGCAUCCCCAGGGUCCCGAGGAGCCAUUGCUUCGAUCGCCACCGCACAUCACGAUACGAAAAAACCUUGAACGAGACGUCCAAGGGAAACUAAACCUUCAAAUCCCUGAUCCCCAAAGGUUACAAGCUUCAUCAGCUAACCAUCAUCUCCAACGCGUUCCAAACUUGCUCAACCAUCGAACUGCACAGCUAAAGAAUCUUCUUCCUCCAGAGGUAUCCUCAAAGCUGAAACUACACUCGACUAGGUCAAGAAACUCGGUUGGUCCCAUCGGAAGAUAGACAAAAGGGCACUACGGGCAUCGAAAGGCGUAGCAUCCAGUGGUCUAGAGGUGUCCGUUGAUAGAGAUCUUCUUUUUCUCUAUUCGGCAGCGUGCGUUCCAGCCGACGAUCGAUCGUGUCCGAUUAAUUUGGAGCGCGGCGCGCGGAGGUGGAAGAAAAGCAGAAUAGUAGGGUCGGCAAGGAGAAGGUGGAGGGGACCGAAGGGGAGUACAGGCGGGAUAAUUUAGGAAGGUUUGACGAUAGCCUCGUCAAUAGGAACAGUGUCGAUGAGACAGGGAGAUGAGGAUGAGGUGGUCGCCGCUGAUGAUCGUCGUAUUCCUCUGCGUCGCGGCGGCGCGGCUGGCCAGGUGCCAGGACUCGCUGCCGCACAGGACACCGGUCUAUUACCGGGAGGAGGACGCUGAGAGCGCGCACGACGCUCGUGCCGCGGACAGAAAGGACGACCAGCAGCAGCAUCGGGAAAUGGACACGACCGGUUCCGGUGAUCCGGAGUUUUACGAUCGCGUCGUUAAUUACAGGAGCAACAGGGCCAUCGAUGCUUCCAGAUCGUCGGAGGCGAACACGAAGACGAGUCAGCAGUCGGGCCAGCUGUCGAACCUCCCAAAGCCGAGCACGAAGUUCAUGGCCAGGCAGAGGCGGCUGAAGAACAUGACGAUCGGCGACGGAAUCUGCCAGAGCAUCGACAUACGGAACAGCGUGCAGAAUUUCCCGAUCAUGAAGAACUGCCGCGUGAUAGAGGGCUACCUGCAGGUGGUGUUGAUCGAGAACGGAUCUGAGACCGAGUUCCAGGACAUACAGUUCUCCGAGUUGCGCGAAGUCACCGGUUACGUUCUCCUGUACCGCGUGAACGGCCUGAAAAGCCUCGGUAGCCUGUUCCCGAACCUCGAGGUGAUACGAGGAAACAUCCUGUUGACCGAUUACGCUUUCAUGGUGUACGAGAUGCAGAAUCUGCAGGAGAUCGGCCUGAAGAAGCUCACCGAGAUCUCCAGGGGUAGCGUUCGGAUUGAGAAGAACCCAACCCUUUGCUACACGAACAAUCUGAACUGGGACCGAAUCGUUUCCGCUGGGGAGAACGUUAUCAAAGACAACAGGGAAGAGGCUUCAUGUCCAGGGUGUUCCCACUGUCCCGAAGGUCUCUGCUGGAGCGCCCAGCACUGUCAGAGACUGGAGAAGCCGAAGUGUCACGAGCAGUGUCUCGGCGAGUGUCACGGGCCAACCGAGAACGACUGCUACGCCUGCAAGCACUAUCGGCACGAGGGGAAAUGCGUGAAGAACUGCCCCCAUCAUUUAUACGCCUACCUCUCGAGACGUUGCAUCAGCAUGGAAGAGUGCGUGAAGAUGAAUCGUCUGAGGAGGACGUACAUGCUGGAGGAGGGACAAGCUUGGAGGCCUUUCAAUGGAUCCUGUUUGACUCAGUGUCCUGAGGGGUACGAGGACGCCCUUGAUCAUAAUAAUAUGACAACGUGUCGCGUCUGCGAGAAUCGCUGCCGGAAAAUGAACCACGGCGCACUGAUACGUCACAUCUCGGACGCGCAGACGUACCGAGGCACAACAGUAGUGAAAGGCGCACUAGAGUUCCAGAUCCGCAAUGGCAAUCCGAACAUCAUGAACGAGCUGACCGAGGCGUUCGGACAGAUCGAGGAGAUCACGGAGUACCUGAAGAUCACGCACUCGUUCCCGAUCACCUCGUUGAGUUUCUUCAAGAAACUGAAGGUAAUCCGCGGAGAAAAAUUGGACAUAAACAACGCCAGUCUGACAGUGUUGGACAACCCGAAUCUGUCAGGCCUGUUUCCACCGGAGCAGAAGAUCAGGAUCGACAACGGCCGACUGUUCUUCCAUUACAACCCGAAAUUAUGUCUCUCGAAGAUAGUGCAGUUCAGCAAGAUGGUGAACAUAACAAAUUUUACGGAUAUGGAGGUGCAACCGGAGUCGAAUGGUGAAAAGGUAGCCUGUAACAUCGUCAACAUCAACAUCACUGUGAGGAACCUGGGUCCAGAUUACGCGGACUUGGUCUGGGACAGUUACAAACCACCGGAAGGUCAACAGCUACUGAGUUACCUGCUGAACUACAUAGAAACUGAUAACGAGAACAUCAGCUACGAAUCGAACGCUUGCGGAGGCAACAACACCUGGCAGAUCCUGGACGUUGACAUCCCCAAGUGGAACAACACCGUGUCCAAGCACAUCACCAACUUGAAGCCGUACACCAUGUACGCGGUCUUCGUGAAGACCUUCAACGCCAGAAACACUAAAUACUUUUUGAACCCCGUUGGUCAAUCCGAGAUCAUCUUCUUCAGGACCAAAAGCACUAUACCGUCUCCGCCGUUGAACCUAGUGUCCACUCCUAAAAGCGACUCAGAGGUUCUCGUUAAGUGGGAACCUCCUCAAUAUCCGAAUGGUCCUAUUGGUUACUAUAUGAUCUCCAGCACUGUGAUCCCGGAGGAGGAGGACCUGAUCUCCUAUAGAGACUAUUGCAACAAUACCAUCCGGGCUGAGUCCGAAGUCGAAGAGAUUGUACCAGAGGUAACUAUCAGAACUCCCGUUGUAAAUGUUGCCUCAUGCUGCCUCAAGGACGUGCAGCACGUGGAUGUGAUCACGUCGAAGAAAUUCGAGCUAUUCUGCCACGAGAACACGACCAUUAGCUACAUAUCGCCCGGCUGGAGGGACUACUGCGUCUACAACAGCUACAAUUCCAUCGACGACAGUUUCUACGACCUGGCGAACAAUCUGUCCUUUCCACAGCAAGAAAAGGACUCCAUGAGGACUGAACCAACGAACGCUGUAGGGUCUGUGGACGAGGGUACCGUAACGUACAAUAUCAGCGGUGCGAACAAUUGGUUUUUGGUCACAAAGCUGCGACACUUCUCGAGGUAUAUCAUAUCCAUUGCUGCCUGUGGCAUCAAGGUGAACGAUUCCCAUAUGUGUUCCUCUAUUCAAUACGCUAUCGUGAGGACUAAGAAGCUGGAUCACGCGGAUGAUGUGCAGAACGUGAAGAUCCACGUGACGAACAACACCAUCGUGGAGGUGACUUGGGACCUGGUCAAAGACCCUAACGCUAUGACAGUCUCGUACACUAUAGAGUACACGAAUCUGGACGUGAAGGACGCGAGGAAGAGUACCGAAUGCAUCCCGCACACUCGCAAGGAGAAGCUGAAAAGCUUCUUCAUCAAGAACCUGAGUCCUGGAAAAUACAGUCUCAGAAUGAGAUCCACGUCUUUAGCGGGGGACGGUUUCUUCUCGGAGGUGGUUUAUUUCUCGGUCAAUCUAUCCAACACUGCGCCGAUCACUCUGAUAUCCCUGCUGAUUCUAGGCGUCCUGUCCGUCAUUCUAAUUGCUAUCUUUGUAUUCCUGAGAACGCAACAUAAGAAGAAAACACAGGAGAGGCUGAUCGCUAGCGUGAACCCAGACUACAUCGAGACUAAGUACGUGAUUGACGAGUGGGAAGUGCCUGCUGAGAGCGUUGAGAUCGUCGAGAAGCUGGGUUUAGGAAACUUCGGCAUGGUGUACCGUGGAGUGUACGACAAGACUAUCCCGGUAGCUAUCAAAACCAUCUCGAAGACGGCCAGUCAGAGGGAGAAGAACGAAUUCUUGAACGAAGCGUCAGUGAUGAAGAACUUCUCCACGUAUCACAUCAUCAAGCUCUUAGGAGUAGUGUCCAUUGAGAAUCCACCAUAUGUCAUUAUGGAGCUGAUGGAGAACGGAGAUCUGAAGACCUAUCUGCGGAAGAUUAGAGACAGAUUGGACCUAGUCCCAGAUGCCUGCGGGAUCAUAAGGAUGGCAGCUGAGAUCGCUGAUGGUAUGGCCUACCUAGAGUCCAAGAAGUAUGUGCACCGCGACCUGGCCGCUAGGAAUUGCAUGGUAUCCAAGGACUUGGUUUGCAAGAUCGGGGACUUCGGGAUGGCUAGGGAUAUUUACGAGACUGAUUACUAUAAAAUCGGCCGGAAAGGUUUGCUGCCUAUCAGGUGGAUGGCGCCAGAGAAUCUCGCGGACGGUGUGUUCACGUCAGAUUCGGACGUUUGGUCCUUCGGAGUGGUUCUAUACGAGAUCUUAACCCUGGCUGAGAUGCCUUACCAAGGCUUCUCGAACGAGGAGGUGCUCAGUCACGUGUUGCAUAAGGGGACACUCAGUAUACCUCGCAAUUGUCCUGAGAACAUCCACAAGAUCAUGGAGAAGUGUUUCAAGUGGAGGCCCAGUGAUCGACCAACUUUCAUGGAGAUCGUCGGCGAGCUGGAGUCCUGUCUCGGGCAGGACUUCUGUGAGAAAUCGUUCUAUCAUUCCGCAGAGGGCAAGGAGAGUCGGAAGUCCGGCAUGAAGAAACCUUAUCACCCGGCGGCGCCCAUCAGAUUCCACUGGGGGAACGAAACUGCGCGCUGGGUCAAGGAGUUCGAGGACAACGUGACGCUCCUGGACCAGACCAAGGCCGGCACCAGCAGGGGACGCAUCUUCAAGAAUGGUUUCCAGCAUUUUGGUAAUGUAGCCAACCUGGAGAACGUGCCUCUGGAUCGGUGAGACCGGCUGCGGCGAGGCAAUCGCCUGUCAGAGAGCUUGUAGACACGAUGUACAAAACGAUCGCCCUUAGGGCAACGGAUUUCGGUCGGUCCGACGAUCAUGGACAAGCGUUCGCAGCGGGCUGGGAUACUCUUGAUCUUUCGGAGCCCGUUCACGAACUUUGAUCGACGAUCCGCGGAACUUUGUGCGCUCGGCUUGAGGAAUCUGAGAAAAUGUGAUUGAAGAUUGACUUAGCUUCUCAGCAUCUGCGAACGAUGCCACUGUUCAUUGAAGAUUUCAGUGUCGAGAAUUAAUACUGGGACUCCUGAAUCCUUCUUUUGUGAUUAUUGAAAAGACCACAGAUGCUUCUUUGAGAAACUACUAAAGAAAUUGAUUUAGUAAUACGCAAACGUCAAUCGAAAUCUCCUGGAGUUUCUAAGGAAGUUUGAGAAAUUCAACUUGGUUGAUCGUUGUUUCCAGUGUUAAGAGGAGUACUCGUUAUUUGGUGGCUCGUUAAUCUAAGGGAAUGAUUUAUUUUCUUUUCUUUUCGUUGUUAUAACUGAUCUGAUCUUUAAGAUCCCGAGCAAAGUUUGAUGUCGCAUGUUUUAUAAAAUUCUAUGAGAACGUUGGUGACAGGAGGAACAGUUCCUUUGAUUUAGUUUUAACCGAAUUCAUCAGCGAAAGUGUACAUUUCUGCGCAAAGUUCUGUAGUCUAUCAAUAAUCGACUUCGCGGUUACACGCGAUGAUGACCAAAUCACUCCGGACACUACGUCCGUGGGAACCUUGCAGAGUUUCCCCUUCGUUGACCUCUUAAGGCUCGGUUCACAUUUAAAUUGAAAGUGUUCGAGAAUAGAAUUAGAAUGACGGCAAUGGCAGUUUCAUUAGCGUGACAUUCCGCUAAUACGGAAAUUAUCGCCGACUCCUUGAGGGGUUAGAAAUACCUAACCAAAGCUCUCAGCUCCUAGACUGCACAGGACUCACCGUUGACAUCCUUGGGAGAAUCAUUUUGUUCUCCCUGGCUCUUUCGUAGCUGCAGCUACCUAUUUCACAAAGAACUGAUUAAUUAUACAAAACGUCGAGUCUAUCGUGGGCGGUUAUACAGUGAAUUCUUUGUUACCGGAUCGUUCAUGCGGUUGCAUUUUUAGGCAAAUGUUCCUUUCUUCUCUAUUCGUUGAUUCGUAUAGUAUUAUGUGCGAGUUUUAACUCUAUUUAAAAUUUCCAUGGAUGUACUUUGGAGUUUCCAAAAGAAUGAAACAAUUGGAAAAGAUAAUUAGCGUGAACAUGAACGAGACAUCACCAGACUUUUUAAUAGAAACGGGUGAUCCCAAUUAAGUUUUUCGGUUACGUUGUCGUGUUGUUUAUUCUUGUUGACCAAGACGACGGCAAAGUUAACAAUGAAUUCAUUGUAUGAUAAAGAAAGAAAAUUUUCGUAACGUUCUCGUUUCGCGUCGAAUCUCGAAACUUAUCGUGCUCCGUCGCCGAGUCUCUCUAUACUCAACACAUCAAGGUUUACUUAUACAUAUCUCAGCGAACUCUCUAUCUCUCACUGUUUCUCUCGGUUGGGAUUUUAUGUAAAUAGAGGCGACACGAUGAUGAUUGCUCUCACUCGCAGUUGGUCCGCGGUUGCCCCGAGCAUUCACGGGAAAAAUGUUAAUCCGUUUCUAUCUUGAUAUCGCAGAAUCAUCUACGAAUACCUCGUGGCGCAGCGGGCUCUGCAAGAGAGCUAUUAUUUUGGAUACCAAAGUUGAUUGGAACACAUCGCGAACAAGUGGGGAAAAAGAAAACAAUUAGAAGAUAAAGAUAAUGGCUCUUUGAUUGAGAAAGAUGUGCAACUAUUUUCUUGAAGAAGGUAGUUCUUUCACGGAGAAAUUGUCAUAGCUCUCUCGCGGAGAAAAAUCGUAGCUCUCUUGCGGAGCUCGGCCGCGUUCAUGGAAUACACUGCAGACAGAAGAACAAAAGGACACAGUAGUCGACGUUAUCCGGUCUUUGAACCGAAAACGGACUUGCGCGUUCGCCACACGAGAAAAUUCAUGCACACCAGAGUUCCUUGUUACAUGCAUACCGUUCGCACGAGUUGCAAUCACGACGCUCGUUCAAGAUUUCUUCUAUACAGAGGAAAAAAGAACGAUUCUCGAGCACGCGAUUUGCGGUCAUGCGGGUAUCUUGUAGGUAAACUUGCAAUAAGCAUGCCAACAAUCUUUGCAAUAAGUAUAAAUAACUUAAUAAGGUAAGGAAUGGGGUUUAAAGUGGAGGGGUUCUAAAAAGACAAAAACAAAAACAGAUGAAAAGAGAGUAUCUCUAUUUUAUAGAUAUAAACGGAUGUCCGGAUAAGUAUUUUUCUUGGCCGUAUUUAUUCUUGAUCGAUCGACUGAGGGUAGCGGGAGCGUACAGGGGCGCGUGUGUGUUGUAGGGGGCGGGGCAGAGGGCGUGCCGCGAGUUUUCUAUCGAUUCGUCUGGUCCGGUUCGAUUCAGACGCGACGAACGAGCCCUGAUCGUUGCCCAAACCCCGAGAUUUUUCGUCGAGGUGUGUGGCUCGUUCGAUUCCUCGUUCGAUUCCGGUGAAGAACGAUAGAACAAAUCGAAUCGAACGGGCCAAGGCCAGUGCGACAGGCCGAACACUUCCGAACUGUAUUAUAAACGCUGUAAAAUAUUCAGGGAGCUUUCGAUUAUCUGGAUCCGGUUAUCCGGUGGCGUGAAAGCAUAUAUUUAUAUAUACACAUAUAUAUACAUAUAUUAUAUAUCUAUAUAUUUUAUUAUUAACAUAGUACGUACGCGCGUAAAUUAUUC